UCCAUGACAGUGCACUGUUAUUGGCUGGUUGAAUCAAUGACUUGCAAACUUCUUUAUCUAUUAUGCAUGUCAGUUCACCUUUACUGUGUUCUUAAACUCACUCUCAGGUAUACACAGCUGGGUGCUAGCCGGUCAUUGUUAACCAAAGGACAAACAAUCAUCUUGGAAGAAGCAUCGAUCAAAAAUGGAGCUCCUUGGAUCAACUGUGACGACCACUUAUGCUCGGCCAAAAACCAGCCACUUCCUCCCGGUCAUCUCCACUAUGGCAUCCAGCUAUCGCAACCCUCAGCCACCCUUGGGGAUGGGUCCAAGUGCCAAUAUGUGGAGAACCAACAGCUAUUACAAGAGCAGCAGUGUUCUCCCAUUGACCUUUUCCACACAGCGGGAAAAUUUUGAUCUGGUUCGAGCCAACACCACUUUUUACCCGUCCAACAGGACCACACUGAUGACCCGGUACACCCCUGAUGACUGGUACAAGUCCAACCACAGCAAUUACCGGGAGUCAGAGUCCUCACGGAAGAGUGCCGAACGACUGAGGAAAGACACCAUCAGGUUUAUGCAGGAUAAAGAGCAGCUCACCAGAAGAACACAAGAAAACACCAGCAAGAACAUUGCGGAAAGGGUCAAUGAUAUUGUCUUCUGGAGGUCUGAGCUCAGUCAUGAGAUUGACAAUAUAGUGACAGAGACAGCUGCACUAAGUGAAGUGAAAAGAAGGUUGGAGAGAGCCUUAGUAGAGACCGAGGGGCCCCUUCAGGUGUCUCAAGAGUGUUUGUACCACAGAGAGAAGCGAAUGUCCAUUGACCUGGUACAUGAUGAUGUAGAAAAAUACCUAAUUAAGGAAGUAGAGGUUCUAAGGUCAUGUCAGGAGAGAAUGCGACGUCAUCUAGACAGAGCCAUUACCCAGCUGGUGUCAAACCGAGGCGCCCAGCACGAGUUGGAAAAAGAUAUGAGCAACAAAGUGUCUGCUCAGAGGAUUGAUGAUAGAUGUCACUAUUUGAGGAACACAUCAGAUGGUAUCGGGUAUUACAGAGGAAUUGACAGAAUAGACCACUCAGUUUCUCUACCAGACUCAUGGUCCAAAUUCACAGACGACAACAUCUUGCGCUCCCAGAGCGAACGGGCCGCCUCUCACAAGCUCAGGGACGAGAUAGAAAUCUUGCUGAAUGCAACGUCCAACGAAAUGUGGAACCAGUUCAACAAUGUCAAUGUUGCUUUCACCAACCGCAUUUCUGAAACGGCUGAUACCAAGAAUAACCUGCAGGCACACCUAGCUAAGACUUUGCAGGAGAUCUUUCAGACAGAGAUGCUGAUUGAGUCUUUGAAGAAAGCUCUAAGAGACAAGGAGAACCCACUUAAAGUAGCCCAAACUCGGCUGGAGGAGAGGACACGCAGACCCAACAUAGAGCUUUGCAGAGACAACCCACACCACAGGCUUGUGGGUGAGGUGAGAGAGAUUGAAGAUACCAUCCAGAAACUUCAAGAGAGACUGAUGGAGGCAGAAAACACUUUGCAGACUCUGGUGAAGACAAAAGCGACCCUGGAGCAUGACCUCUCCAUCAAAGCAAACUCUCUCUUCCUAGACCAGGAGAAGUGCAUGAGCAUGCGAAAGAGCUUCCCCAGCCUGCCUCGCCUGGUGGGAUACACCUAAAUCAGACAUUUAAAAAAACAGAAUCUCAGAGGACCAGAAUGUGCAUAAAUAAUAAGGAUUAUUCAUACUAAUACUAGAUGAUAUUUUUUGUGAAUUCUUAUUUGACCAGCAGAUUUUUUAUGGUUUGAAGGAAAAACAUUAUCCUGGUUUAAGCAUAUCUGGGUGUAAUUUAUAAACUGUUUAUACCAAAUAGAAAUAAAAAUUAUGUUAAAAUGCCACUAUAUUUCUCCAAUAAGUAAAGUCUGUCUUGGGGAACACUCUUUGGUUAUUGUCAGCAGGUAACUUUGUCUGUGAAAUAAGUCUAUGCUAUUAUAUACCCUGGAUGUGAAUUUGUGUAUUUUGGCCCUGUUUGAGACCCCCAUUUUGAACUAUAGGGCAGAGUAGAGGGAGAAAUUCUUGAAAUGCCCUGUUGGCUAAUACGGUGUUGAUGAGCUGGCCAACAAUACAAAAAGCAUUGAAGAAGCUCCAUUCUACACUAAACCCAGAGAACACGAGAUUUAUGAACAUUUUAUUCUGUUUAUGCAAACAAAAGAAGGGAGCAUUUUCUUUUACAUUUUAGAAUUGCCUUAGAAUUAGACCAGCAUAAAUAGCACAGCAUGCAGUAUAGAACAAACAAGGACUGGAAAUUCAUGACUAAAAUCUUAUUUCAUCAAGUGAACCCAAAAUUGUGUAUCAUAAGGUUGAUGUACUGUAUUAUUGCAGUCCCUACUAACCAGAUAAAUAUUUUUCUUCACUGCUAUUGUGACUGAUAGUCACUCAUGAGGAUAUAGCUUAGUAUAGGAAUUGUAGCAUGUUGUAUGAAUUUUGUG